UUGAGCGCGAGUAGAAAGUGAGACGACGACGUUUUGUUGUGUGCGUCGCUUUGUGGCAAAUUUUGGUAAAUUAUCUUUAAAUACGCCAGCAGUCAAUUAAUUAGUGGCUCAGCUUACAUGUGUGGCUGCGGCCUGAAAAAAAUGUGCGCGUGUCAUUGCAACUCAGCUGCCAGCAUCUAGGCACUGCAUCGCUUAAAUCAGCAGAAUCAAUUUUUGUGCCAGAAGCAACAGCUGAAAGAAGCCAAAAAUUUCGUUAAGCGAUUUGUGUAAAUAGCCAACAGUGCAAAUACUGCAGGUCAAGUACACCAAAAUACAGCGUACGUCGCGUGUGUGUGCUUAACAAUGCGCGCCACAAUUGAAUUUGAGGAAUGCCUGAAGGAUUCGCCGAGAUUCAGACAAUUUAUAUCCAAAGAGGAGACGGAUAUUGAGCAUUUGGAGCAGAGGCUGGAGAAAAUCAUCAAGCUGUGCAAUGUGGCCGUCGACUCGGGCAAGGAAUAUGUCAAGAACCAGAGCGCAUUUGCCAUGUCCUUGUGGGAUCUACAGCAGCAUUUUCUCGACAAUAAAAAUGCGCACAAUGCGCUCGGCAAGCUGAUUCAUUGCUUCCAGGAAAUGAACAAGUUUCAUACAAUAUUAUUGGAUCAGGCCAGUCGAACGGUGUUAAAAAAUCUCAGCGUAUUCGUCAAAGACGACAUUAACCAGGUCAAGGACUAUAAAGGACACUUCUUAAAGGUCUCCGAGGGCUACGACAAUGCGCUCAUUAAGAACGCACAGGCGAGCAAAAAUCGACCACAGGAAGUCCAGGAGGCUGCAAAUAUUCUGUCCGCCUCCAAGUCUUGCUUCCAGCACACCGCUCUGGACUAUGUCAACUAUAUAACGCUAGCUCAGGCGCGCAAGGUACCUUCUAUACUCUCUACGUUGCUGGACUAUUAUCAGGCGUGCGUGACCUAUUACCAUCAGGGCUUUGAUUUGUGCAACGACUUUGACGAGUUCUUCAAGAAUAUCAGCGAGGAUUUGAACGCUCUGCGCGGUGAUUAUCAGCAGCUGGAAAAGGUCAUGCAGAAUCGACACAUGAGCGUGAAUCGUUAUUGCGAUACCAAUACGAACAGCGCCUCGCACAAUGUCGAGGGGUAUCUGUUCAAGAAAAAGUCAAAGGGUUUCAAGACCUGGUGUAGACGUUGGUUCUACCUCAGUGAUAAUCAGCUGGUCUACAGUGAUUUGGAUUCGCAUUCCAGAAAACGCAGCAACGAGGACUCGUUUUCGGUCAUGGAGGAGGAUUUGCGCAUAUGUACCGUGCGACCGGUCAACGAAGGCGAUCGACGCUUCUGCUUUGAGGUGAUAUCGCCAACCAAGUCACACACACUCCAAGCGGACUCGGCGGACAUGCUCUCGCUGUGGAUCUCCGCGCUGCAGCACAGCAUUGGCGCGGCCAUACAACACGCCUCCACGCAUCACUCACGACCACAGUCGACAAAUGCUCCGAAUGCGCUGCCCGCCAAGCGACGAAUUCACUGGGAGGAGUUUCUCAAAAUACCAGGCAAUGCGCAGUGCUGCGACUGUCGCGGAUCAGAUCCCCGCUGGGCUUCCAUCAAUUUGGGCAUAACGCUGUGCAUCGAGUGCUCAGGUGUGCAUCGCAGCCUGGGCGUGCACUACAGCAAGGUGCGCUCCCUGACGCUAGACGCUUGGGAGACGGAGAAUGUCAAGGUAAUGAUGGAGCUUGGAAACGAGGUCGUGAAUCGUAUCUACGAGGCGCGAGUCGGCGAAGACUGUGAGCUUAGGAAACCCUCAGAGCAAUGUGAGAUUGGAGUGCGCGAAGCCUGGAUCAAGGCCAAAUAUGUGGAGCGGCGUUUUGUCUGCGGCAUGCCCAAGCCCCAGGAUCUACUGUCGAGUGAAACGGCCGAAGUGCUGAGCAUAGAAAGCGGCGAAACAGCAGAAGAUGGCGGUGAAGUUGGUGGUAGGUCCGGCGGCGGUGGACUUCUUGGCAAGCGUGCGACACUCUCGCUGGGCGGUACACGCAAGUGGGCAGUGAAAAAGUUGAGGCGGCGUCGCCAGCAGAGACCGUUGCCCAAGACCCUCAGCGAUGAUCCGAGUAUAUAUAACACGGCUAAAACUGGUGACGAAUUGGACGAUGAUGAUGAUGAUGAGUCGAUAAACAUUCCCUCAAUGUCGCUGAGCAUAUCGCGCGAUGAUUUACUAGUAAUUGGUGAUGAUUUGGCUUUGGACCGCUAUGAAACUCCCGGUAUCUUGGGCAGCGAUCAGGAGAGUACUGAAGGCGAAUCUGACGCUGAGAUGCCAGAAGAAGUACCCUUCACGCAGUUAGAUGCCAAUCUGUUGCUUUACAAAGCAGCUGUUGUGCAUAAUCUACCUGUUAUGUGCAUGGCCUUUGCUCUAGGCGCCGACAAGAACUGGAAGAAUGUACAGGACCGUCAGCGUUCCUUUCUGCAUCAGGCAGUGCUCUCUGGGUCGGUAAUGGCUUGUGAAUAUUUGCUUCUGAAUGGGGCUGCGAUUGAUGCAGUCGAUGAGCUUGGCUACAGCGCACUACAUAUAUCCACGGCCAAAGGACACAUUGCACAGGUGUAUUUACUGCUAAAACACAAGGCUGCUUAUGAUCUGGCCUCCAGUGAUGGCAAAAAGGCUCUGGAUAUUGCCGUUGAGCAGAAGAAUGCAGACAUCGUGACGCUUCUACGCCUAACGCGCCUCAACGACGAGAUCGGUCUGAGCGAUGAGUAUAAUGGCGAGGAUGAGACCUAUAAGGAUGUGAUGAAGGACUUUUCCAACUUUGCUGCCAGUCAGCCACGUAUGUUGCGCCAGCGCAACGACUCCAAUACGCUGGAAUCGCAACGCAGCUCGCUAACCAACUCAGACUAACAGUGGCAGUAGGCCUCUCGGCCAUGUUGACAACUUACUCGUUACAAUAGAUAUUCCAAUGUUUAGCUAGCUUGGGUGCCAAUCGCUUGUUCUUAAUCGCUAUGCUAAAUUAUUAAACGGUUCAUUUCGGUGCUGGCAUUUUAAAAAGAGCCGCCAACUCGAAACUGUUUUACUAGGCAAUCUCA